GACAUAACUUCCCUACGUUUCCUGGGCUAACAACACCACGGCUGUCUCUGAUAACCUCCAUCUCGACUAACAGGGAACCCAGUGUUAGGACAGGGUUAUCCUUGUACAAACAUGCUUUACGGAACCCGUACAGUUUGUUAAGGUGGUCCGGUGUUGGUGUCGUACUCCACCCAGGGCCCGCUUUUGCUAAUUGAGCAGGCUAGCUCCGAAGCUAAGUCGUUAGCUAGCUUGCUGGCUCUAGCUUUUUCGUUUUGCGGUCACCUACGUUGGUUAAAAACGUAGUGAAUAAGCGUUGGCUCCUUUUAUUUUUUACCAACAACAGCAGUGAAGAAACGAGGAAUGGUGCAGCCCCAACCUGAUGGCACCAUGCAAUGGGACAUGUCAGGAGAUGAGAGCGGAGGGACCCUCAGGGUGCCACCUGAGCUGGCUGCCAAUGAGGUGGUGACCAGGCUGCUAAAUGACAACCUGCAGCUAAGAGAUGCACUGCGGCGGAGCAACCUUGCCCUGCGGCAGCGCUGUGAGGAAAUGGAGGGGUGGCAACGAAAAACAAGAGAGGAAAGAGAGUUUCUCAGUUGCCGUUUUCAGGAGGCCAGGGCUCUGGUGGAGAGGCUGGCGCAAGAGAACCACUCUUUACAGAGCAUGGUGAAUGGACCGGCCUCGUCCUCUAGCAACUGCUGCAGCUCCAGCCAGACUGAAGACCUGCAGGCACGUCCUGCUAGAAACGGUCCGCUGGACGGACCACAGACUCUAGAUCAGCGGGAGAGGAGGAGAGUUGAAGAGGUUGAUCAACACACACAAACCACUCCACCUCGCAGCCUGGCGAACAAUGUUCCUGAGGAGGCUGCUCCACCACAUCGCUCUGAGGCGCAGCACUCCUCUGACUGCUCUAGUCUGGCUAAACUCACCGAGCAGCUUCAGGCUACACAGGGCAGGUACCGGGAUCUAGAGGAGAAACUUGAUUACCUUCAGAAGAGUUCAGCUCAGCGGGACAGAACCGAAGCUCUGCUCAAACAAAAAGAGAAGGACUUUUCUCAGCUCCAAAAGGACUGUGAGGCUUUGAAAGCUCAAGCAACUUCUCUAUUAGGAGAACUAAAUGAGAGACAGAGCAGUCUGGAGAAAAGUGAGGUUGAGCGCAAAAUGUUGGAAGAAAAGCUGUGCAAUAAAAUAAAGUCCCUGCAAAUGAUGGAGCGGGACCUGGAGCAGCAAAAGAAGCAGCAUCAUGUGGCCAUGGACAAGCUGAUGCUGCAGAGCCAGGGCCUGGAGCAAGCCCUGAAGAACGAGAGACACAUUGUCACAGAGGAGAAGAAGAAAUUGUCACAGCUGCAGCACGCCUAUACUUGUCUUUUCCGAGACUAUGAUUCUAAAUUGAAGAGUGAUGGAGGAGAUCUGUGUAGCCGACUGGAAGACGCAGAACGAGCUUUGGCCUUGAAGCAGGAUCUAAUUGAUAAACUAAAAGAGGAGGUGGAACAACAGAAAGGCUCACUGGAGACAGUUCCUGUCCUCACUGCACAGGCUGAGAUCUAUAAGGCAGAUUUCUUAGCAGAGAGAGACGCUAGAGAGAAGCUAAACGAGAAGAAGGAGGAGCUGCAGGAACAGCUCACCAAGGCCAUGGCUGAAAUCGAAAGGCUCAAACAAGACGCCACAGCGCGUGCCCGUAUAGAGCAAAUGAAGCAGAGACACCUGGAAGACUUUUCUGCACGAGCUCCACUCAUUCCACCACCACAAGCUUUUAACACGGUGCCCCCUGCAACUUCAUUUCGCAACCAGGGUUUGGUUCCUGUUGGAGAUCAAGGGGCGGCUGGAAAUGAGGAUCUUCCAGAUUUAUGUUGUCCUAAGUGCCAGUACCUGGCUCCCGAUAUGGACACGCUGCAGAUACAUGUCAUGGAUUGUAUACAGUAACAUAAAAAGGGUUUAAAUCAGAAAUGCACACAGUAUAUUGAAGUUUCUGACAUUCAAAAAACAAAGAGUCACAGUGUAUGUAUAUGCUAGACGUUUUCCAAAAAAUCAGUUUCUGCUGCAUCUUUUGCCUUCCUCUGCCAUAACCUGUCUUUGUUUCCGCACCGAUGCACACCCAUCAGUAUUUCUACAUUAUCUUUGGCUUCUAUUUCCUCCAGUGGCAACUUGGGAGGUGAUGAUACAGGCGUGUGGACUUUGAUUGCAUCAAAAUGUUUAUACAAAAAUCUUUGAGCCAAACAACUGAGAAUUCAUAUGGGUAUGGUUUAAUAUGUGCCAGUGUGAAUAUCCUGGAGAGCUUUACAAAAUAAAGAGUAUUUAAAUAUGUUUGGUUAUAAAUGUUGCUCGUCUACAUUACCUCAAAACAUGUAUUAUUCUGUAUUAGAGAUGGAUUUACUCGUAGUGAAAUGGUAGCCAUUCUCUGUGUUCUGUGCCUGUGUACACUUGUGACUGUACCACUGCUUUAUCUGACGUUAGACCAGAUCUUUAAUCCUCUGUGCCGUUGGCUGUUUUAUCUUUCUGAAUGUACUCUAAUUGAAGAUCCUUCACACUUUGUGUGAGUAUUGUGUGUAAAUCAUUCUGUGCAAAGGAUAAUGUUUCAAACUUGAUUUAUGAAAUAAAUCAGUUAUUCAGUA